CUCCUCCUCCUCCUCCUCCUCCUCCUUCUCAUUUUUAAAAUCCGGGUAAAUUUAAUCACCUGUAUAUAAAUACAGUGUACUGCAUGUAAUAAAAAUUUAAAUUUUGCAUCUCUCACCGAAAAGCGGGAGGAUUAUCCCGGUUCAGUCAGUUAAGACGAGAAUAUUGUAAACUUUCUAUUACUUCGAUUAGAUUUGACUCAUUUUGAUUUUGAUUUGAAGAGGUAGGAGGUGUUGUAUCUAUAUAGAGGCACUAAAUAGUGAUUAUUGACAUUUGCAUUUGCAUUCGUUUGAAAUUUGAAAUUUGUAUUAUAAAAAGUUGACAUAGAAAACACAAUCACCAGUAUGACAGUUGAAGCAACAAAAUUUGAAAGUUUGAAAAGUUUACCAUUUGCUGAUGGAACAUUCGAAACUACAGGUAAGAUCCAUGAUCCUAUAACAUUCACAUUAGAUAAGGAUUCAUCUCUCAAAGUCACUAUUUUCCCUAUUCAUGAUUAUAAGACUUUACCAUCCAAUCUUAUAAAGGUAAUUCAAAAUGAAUUCAAUUUCGUGGUGGAAGAAGGGAGAACUUAUCCUCAUCAUAAUGUCAUGAUUGACGAGGAAUUCAUUAAAUAUUGGUUCCAUGCCUUUGUGGCUGUAUUAGUGGAAGGAGAAUAUACAUCAAUUGACCAAUUAAAUGACCAACACAAACAUACAUCAGUUGAAGAUUGGGAAAAGCUAUUCUUAGGUAAUUUCUACGUUAAACCAAAUUACAUUGGAAGAUGUUCCCAUGUUUGUAAUGCUGGAUUCAUUGUCAAUCAUCAAAAGAGAGGAUUAGGGUUAGGUAAAGAAUUAGGUAAGAAAUAUCUUUUAUGGGCUCCCAAAUUAGGUUAUGUAUAUUCCGUAUUCAAUUUAGUAUUUGAAACCAAUGUGGCUAGUCUUAAAAUAUGGGAUAAUCUUGGCUUUGAAAGAAUCGGUUAUGUUAAAAACGUAGCUGUUUUAAAAGGUGAAGAUAAAUUAGUUGGAGCUAUAAUGUUUGGUAAAGAUCUUUAGAUAGAUAGAUAUACUUUUAGAUAUACGACAUUUACCCAAACACGCGACUUUUUCCCAUCUUAUUUUUUUUUGUAAUCGAACCAGAAGAUGUUUACAUUCCAAAAUAUAC